UUUCGACGAGAAAAAUAGCUCUCUGUCCAGUGUGGGCCAAGCCAGCAGGGUCUCCUCAGUCCAAGGGAAAACAUAACCAAGUCACGCCAUUUCUUCGUUUUCUGUGCUCGAUAUUAAGAUUUCCCAAGAAAAUGGCUAUGGUAAAAAGUGGCUGGCUCCAUCGACAAAGUACCAUACUUCGCCGCUGGAAGAGGAACUGGUUUGAUUUGUAUUCAGAUGGGCGUCUUGUGUUUUAUAAUGAUCAGCAGAGAAGGGACAUGGAGGAUGACAUCCAUAUGAAGAUUGACUGUAUCAACAUUCGCAGUUCUGCCGCAUGUCAAGACCUAAAUCCACCUGAAGGAAAGGCACGUGACUCCUUGCUCCAGAUUGUGUGUAGAGAUGGACGGGUCAUCAGCUUGUGUGCGGACAGUGCAGACGAUGCUUUGGCAUGGACAAUGGCAUUCCAGGAUGCAAGGGUCAACAUGGUUGUUGCAGCUCCUCAGAUGGGCUUUAUUUCAGAGACAAUGGCCUCAGCCCCACCCCCUUACUCGGAAUACACGCCAAAUCCUCAGGUCUAUGUCCCUGGUCCAUAUGGAGACUACACUGUUGCUCCACCAACUCAGAUUGUAUACGCAGCCAAUGGAGAGCCAUAUGCUGUGGCUUACCCUCAUCAUUAUCAAAGCGGGUACAUGGCCCCUGGUCCUGGUGUGAACCACGUCAUUAUUCAGGAGCAACGGCGGGACAACGGGGGAGACAUGGCUAUGGGAGUGCUGACUGGAGCUGCCACUGGUCUCGCCCUCGGAUCUCUUUUCUCUGUCUUUUAAUAUAGUUUUACACCAACGUACACACAGUUAAGCCCAAAGUUAUUUAUACACUCGGAAAUAACCUAAAUGUCACAACUAAAUAAGUGAAAGAAAUUGGUAUGGAUAAGGGGUUAAUAUAUCGUGUGGAGUGUUCAAGACCUACCCCAUGUGACUGUAAAAAGAACUGAAGACCAAAAUAAUAACUAUAAAAAUACCUGAGGUCAAGAAAGUGUAAAUGUAUGUUAAAAACAUGUCUAAAUUUUUCAACAUUUGCCAGCUGUCAUAAAGAUGAAGAAAAUGUCUUUAUUAAGAAAGACUUUGAAUAAUGUCGUACAAUUGACCGCAUUGUCCUGCUGUCUUUGUCUUUUCCUGACAGGGACUAAAAAUCAUCCGGGUUGUAAAAUAAUUUUCCGCUUUGCUGUAGUUGGAAGCAUAUUGUACUUUAUGUUGUGGCCCUUACAUUAGAAAAUGUGACAAUGGCCAUAUUAUUAUAAGGUACACCUUAAUUUAUCUGAUUUGAUUUCCUUUUUAGGACAAUUUUUGUCAAUUAUAUCUAUCACUGUAAGUAAAUCUAUAUAGAACAGCACUUCAUAAUUCAAAUUAUUUAUUUUCAAGUCAAAGUUGCUUCCUUCUUACUUGUUUAUUAAAUUUUUGCAUCAGAAAAGGUGUACCUGUUAAUGUAGCCUUUGAGUGUGGGUUUAACUUGAAUCAUGAAUAUAAUGGGCAGGUUACUGUUUGUCCUAACGCUCCUAGCACUUUGUCUAAUGCCAUAUAUUGUCAUUUCUAAAUGAUUACCCCCAUUGCCUGCUUUGAAUGAUAUCAACCAAAAAGUGAAUAUUUAUGUAUUUUAAUUUUAACUUAUUUCCAGGGUCCUUUCAUUUCAUUAAUUUGUUUUCAGUUAGUCCGUUUUCUGUUUCUUCAUGUAACUUAGUAUUUGUUUUACAUUAUGUUGUUUUCAUCACUUCACUGCUUUUUGUUCUUAUGUAGAGUAGGGAUGCAUCGAUCCAAUACUGAUAUUGGAUAUCGGCAUCGAUUCAGAAAAAUUUGACAGAUUGGGUAUAAUAUAAUUUUGGUCGAGCCAAUAUCCUGACUGGGCAUAGAAAUGUAUGUAAUAAGAGUAUUUACUGGUCAUAGUUGGCUCAGAAAGUGUCAUAAUGUUUGAACUUUUCUUUAUACAAUAUUUUCCUGUAGUUACUUGAGAGAUGAAUAACAACUCCAUUACACAUUUGGAUCAGUUUUAUUAGUUGCUAAUAGUUGCUAAUUUCAGUCUCUGCACUCUGAAAAAGCUGGAUCGGUGCAUCCCUAAUAUGGAGUCAUGUUUUUGUUGUUGUGUAGCAUAAAUAUUUAGCAGUUUCUCAGGUUACUUGUGAUUUGCAGGCUUCAGUAAAUAAUGCACACUAAACAGCAAGAAAUUAGCUUUUAAAAUGUCUAUGUAAUACACACACGUUUUGUGGUAAAAGCUUAAGAUAUGACCAUGAUUGUUUUAAAUUUGCUCGAGUGAAAAGUUGUGGUGGGUACAUUUAUAACUAUAUCCACUUUGGCAGCUGCUGUAAUUUUAUUCUGUAUUUUGUUUUACUUUUCAGUUGAACCAUGGCACAAAUAUUCAGUCUGUUUGUACAGUAACUGCCUUCAAGAUAUCCAAGAUAUAAGAAUAUAUUUAAUACUGUAGUCAUUUUAUUAUCAUCAUUAUUAGCUAUUAAUUAUUAGCAUAUAAGAAUGACUUAAGAUAAUUACUUACAAUUUAAUGAUGUCAUCUUGUACAUUGUAAAUGUACAAAAAUAACAAUGCUAAAAAUAUUUACUAACUUGAUGUAAUAAUUAAAUAAACUCAUCUUUAAUUUA